AUUUGACUUUGGGUGAUUCUUAUAAAAAUGUAACUUUUUCAAGAUUUAUUCUAAACAUUGAUAAAUCUAAAGCAGUAGACGUUGUUUAACUGAAGAUGCCUCAGUAUGAACUCUGCCUUAUAUACAAAGCACUACAGCGGCCAUUGCUACAUACUGCCAUAAAAAGGACUGCAGAGACGAUUUUGGAAAGGGGUGGAAUAAUACGUUCAUUUGAAAACCUAGGAAAACGUGCCUUGCCGUACAAGAUGUCUGCCCAUAAAGAAAGACAUACAGAGGGGAAUUACUUCAUAGUGAACUUUGACAGUUCUGGCAAACAACUAGAGCAUAUGAAGGAAUAUUUAGAGAGAGAUAUUGACGUUAUUCGACCCUCUUUUUUACGCAAAGAAAAAGAGUUUCGAAGGCCGUGUUUAGAUGGACCAUGUUUUUGGGGAGAAUUAACUGAAGAAAAAUCAAAGGAAGUUAAACGUUUCAUGGGGAAAACUGAAAAGUUAUGAUUGCUGCUAAUCUGUGUAAAUAAAUUAAAACAAAAAAUCAAACAUUAUGUUUGUUGUCUGUUAAUAAUAAGAAGCAUGCACUUACCAGGGUACAUGUAGU